AAACAUACGGAUGUGAUAAAUAAUAGUCUGUGUGUCACAUCCAUCCGCUGCUCUGUCUGUGAGGAAGCAGCGCCGACGCGCUUUAUCGGACGUUGUCUCUUCUUCUCUCCAGACGACGAAGGGGCGGAAACUGCACAUUUCACUGUAGUCAAGCUAGCGGCGCAUUUCGAAAACAAAUCAACCAAAACAACCGCGCUGCUAUUGCACUACUGCACCCUCGAGUUGUUGUAAUUUGGAGCGGGUGGAAGUUUGAAAUUACAAAUCACGGAAGCUGCGGGCCCCCCCCCCAGGUCUACCUGACGAGUAUGAGCCAGACUGCAGAACCCGCUAGCGAUGCUCCGGUUGUUACAGAAGAAGCCAAGCUGACAGUAGCUGAGAAAAAAGACAAGAAGCCGGAAGAUGUGGCAGAGGAAGAGGAGGAGGAGGAAGAGUAUGUGGUGGAAAAGGUCCUUAACCGUCGAGUGGUAAAAGGGAGGGUGGAAUAUCUCCUCAAGUGGAAAGGCUUCUCUGAGGAAGAUAAUACGUGGGAGCCAGAGGACAACUUAGAUUGUCCAGAUUUGAUAGCAGAGUUUUUGCAGUCCCAGAAAGCGGCGCAAGAUGGAAAGCGGAAGGCUGCAGGAGAUGCAGAAGGAGACGACAGUAAAUCAAAGAAGAAGAAAGACGAUACCGAGAAGCUGCGGGGCUUUGCUCGCGGCCUGGAGCCAGAGCGGAUCAUCGGAGCCACAGAUUCCACAGGAGAGCUCAUGUUCCUCAUGAAAUGGAAAAAUUCGGACGAAGCCGACCUGGUGCCGGCAAAAGAGGCCAACGUCAAGUGUCCGCAGGUGGUCAUCUCCUUCUACGAAGAGAGACUCACCUGGCACUCGUAUCCCUCCGAAGACGAGAAGAAGGAGGACAAAAACUAGAAAUCUAGUUUUGAUUGAACUUGAUUGUACUUUAAAGGUGGGCUUCUGGAGGGGCUGCAGACCAGCAGGACAUCAUUGGACUCAUAUUGGUGCUUUACCAGUCAUUCUUUUACGUGGAUAUGAUCUUAAAAAAAAAUGCUUCAAAUUUGUGCAGCAAAAGAAACAGGACAAAGCAGUGUUAUUUUCCUGCAUCCAUUCCAGUCCAGUUGCUUUUGAAACGGUUGCUUUCCUCGUGCAUGCUUACAGUUUUACAGUCCGGAGCUUUUGCUGUCAUUUUUGUGGUGUUGAUGCCAGCAGGAGGCCAGUGGAGGUACUGUUUUAUAU